AUGAAUGCCAACUUUUCCAGUAAAUAUGAGGAGAUUCAUGUUCCAGAGGUGAAAGAGUUCUGUUACAUUACGGACAAUACAUACUUCAAGGACGAGAUUUUGCAAAUGGAAUUUGAUGUGUUGGAUCACUUGAAGUUUGAAAUGGCAGCUCCAACAGCUAUGUGCUUUUUGAGGCGGUUUUGUUCAGUUGCUGAAAGAACAAGCUGUGAGGUGCCACCAGUGCUGUUCCAGUGCUUGGCCCACUAUAUUGCAGAGUUAUCUCUUCUAGAAUACUGCACGCUUGGCUAUGCCCCAUCGCUGAUUGCUGCUUAUGCUACUUUCUUGGCCAAAUAUAUACUCUCUCCUUCACAGAAGCCUUGGAAUUCUACGUUAAGACAUUACACAAACUACCGAGCGUCUGAUCUGUGUGAUUGUGUUAAAGUGCUGCAUCACCUAUGUUGUAAUGGCAGUGGUUCUAACUUAGCUGCAGUUCGAGAGAAGUACUGUCAACACAAGUACAAGUUCGUGGCCAAGAAGUACUGCCCUCCGUCAAUACCUCCAGAGUUCUUCCACCACCCGAGCAACUAGAAGUUCACAGUUCGAUGUAUGUUGUUUUUUGUUGAGUUGGUGAGGCUCAUUCCGGUCACACUCCCUAUGCAUAUUGGAUCGCAAGUUACUGUUGUGGGAUAAUCAGUUAGCUCUGAUUCGUAUCGUUCUUCAGAGCUCACCAGAAGCUGGCCUUGUACAAAGAUAGAUUGCGCUUCAAUUGUUCUUGUAUAGAUACUU